CGCGGCGGAGCGGCUGUACCCGCAGCUGGGUGCGCUCCGCCGCUCCUCUCCGGGAAGGUCCCCACUUGACAGCUCUGGGCGACCGGAGGCGGCGCCCAGAGGCUGCCCGGGAGACCGGGGCUGGGCUGGCGGGGGCCAGGACCCCGAGCCCUCUCUGCCGCUCACUCUCGCGGCCACUCCUUCGCAGCCACGCCGAGCGCGCACUCCUACUCCCUCUCCGCACGCGGCUGCGGAGCGCGAUGGACGCGGCACUGCUCCACAGCCUGUUGGAGGUUAACUGCAGCCUGGCGCUGGCCGAAGAGCUGCUCUUGGACGGCUGGGGGCCACCCCUGGACCCCGAGGGUCCCUACUCCUACUGCAACACGACCUUGGACCAGAUCGGAACGUGCUGGCCCCGCAGCGCUGCCGGAGCCCUCGUGGAGAGGCCGUGCCCCGAGUACUUCAACGGCGUCAAGUACAACACGACCCGGAAUGCCUAUCGAGAAUGCUUGGAGAAUGGGACGUGGGCCUCAAAGAUCAACUACUCACAGUGUGAGCCCAUUUUGGAUGACAAGAGGAAGUACGAUCUGCACUACCGCGUUGCCCUUGUCGUCAACUACCUGGGCCACUGCGUAUCUGUGGCAGCCCUGGUGGCUGCCUUCCUGCUUUUCCUGGCCCUGCGGAGCAUCCGCUGUCUGCGGAAUGUGAUUCACUGGAACCUCAUCACCACCUUUAUCCUGCGAAAUGUCAUGUGGUUCCUGCUGCAGCUCAUCGACCAUGAAGUGCAUGAGAGCAAUGAGAUCUGGUGCCGCUGCAUCACCACCAUCUUCAACUACUUCGUGGUGACCAACUUCUUCUGGAUGUUUGUGGAAGGCUGCUACCUGCACACGGCCAUCGUCAUGACCUACUCCACCGAGCGCCUGCGCAAGUGGCUCUUCCUCUUCAUCGGAUGGUGCAUCCCCUGUCCCAUCAUCAUCACCUGGGCCAUCAGCAAGCUCUACUAUGAGAAUGAACAGUGCUGGUUUGGCAAGGAGCCUGGUGACCUGGUGGACUACAUCUACCAAGGCCCCCAUCAUUCUCGUGCUCCUG